UCUCUUUCCGCUGUCUCUUCCCUCUCCCUCACUCUCUCUAGAACCAGCCAUGGACGACUCGCCCUCACCAUCCGAACCCUCGCCGGAGCUCGAUCUCGAAAACCUCAGGGCCCUUAAAGUCUUAGGCAAGGGAGCAAUGGGCACCGUUUUCUUAGUCCACGACCCGUCAUCCGACCCCUCCGCCCGCCUCCCGUUCGCUCUCAAAGUCGUCGACAAGUCCGCCCUCAGCUCCAAGCUAGACGCCGAGCGCCGCGCCCGUUGGGAAAUCCAGGUCCUGACCAGACUAUCCAGCCCGAACCCACACCCGUUUCUACCCUCCAUCAUGGGGUCGUUCGAGUCCGACGAGUUCAUGGGAUGGGCUGUCCCUUACUGCCCCGGCGGCGACCUCAACGUACUCCGAUACCGCCAAAACGACCACGUUUUCUCCCCCGCCGUGAUCCGAUUUUACUUGGCGGAGAUCGUCUGCGCGCUCGACCACCUCCAUAGCAUGGGGAUCGCCUACCGAGAUUUAAAGCCCGAAAAUGUACUCAUCCAACAGUCCGGUCACGUGACACUCACGGACUUCGACCUCUCGAUAAGCCUCAAGCACCGGACCGUCAAACCAAACGACGCCGUUUCGGAAAUCGAAGCCCCGGAGGUCCGCCGCAAACACCGGCGGAACCUGACACGUUGGAUCACAAUUAUAAACGACAAUCACAAGAACGGCGGCGGUGGGAAGGGGCUGAAGAAGGCCAAGUCGGCCCGAGUCAGCCCGGUGAGUCGACGGAAGCCGAGUUUCUCGGACGGUGAGCGAGCGAACUCGUUUGUCGGGACGGAGGAGUACGUGUCCCCCGAGGUAGUGCGCGGGGAGGGCCACGAGUUCGCCGUGGACUGGUGGGCCUUAGGAAUUCUAACUUACGAGGCGUUGUACGGUACGACGCCUUUCAAGGGGAAGAACCGGAAGGAGACGUUUCGGAACAUCCUGACGAAGACACCGGAGUUUAUCGGGAAGCGGACUGCUCUAACGGACUUGAUCGAUCGGCUGCUAAACAAGGACCCCACAAAGCGGUUGGGGUACCACCGGGGCGCGUGCGAGAUCAAGGAGCAUGAGUUCUUUCGCGGGGUCCGGUGGGACCUGCUGACGGAGGUUUUGCGGCCACCGUGCAUUCCGUCGCGGGAGGAUGGUGAUUUAACGGAGAAAGCCACGGCUCGAGGGGGAGUCAGCGUGAGGGAGUAUUUUCAAAAGUUACGGUCUCCGCCGUCGAUGCCGCCGUCGCCGGAUUACCAACUGACCGAGUUCUGACGCACGUGUGGGAGUUGGUAUGCAUGUGUAAGGAGAAAUACAUGCAGAAGUAAGUAACAAAAAAAGUGUAUCCUCUGUAUAUAAUAACGGUAGAUGGGCUGUAACCUUAAAUAGUAAUAGACGAUAGUUAGCAAUAGAAUUGUAAGAUAUACGAAUUCAAAACGGUGUAUAACCUUAUUUUCCGGGGUAUUUUUUACUCGCACCAAGGCGGCGGUUGUUUGCCACGCUCUAAAUUUUUGUUGUUGUAGAAGUGUAAUGAAUAAAAUCUCAUUAAUCCGUCUUAAUUAA